AUGACUACCGCGAACAAAACCAAUUCUACGCCGCUCGGGGUUGAAGAGAUUCUUCCUCAGAUACCUGAUUGCGAUGUAGAGCUGGCAGACAUUGGACGGGUCACUAAGAAAGACUCGAAUGACCCCUACCUCGUCGCCUUUGCCGAGCCUUUCGAUGCAGAGUGCCCUCGAACCUGGUCAAACGGCAAGAAAUGGACCGUCACCGACGUCCUGUCAGCUACUGGCUUCAAUCGCAUUAUGCUCUCUACAAUCAUGGCUCCCGCCCUGCCCGUGAUCGCCAAAGAGCUCCACAUGAGCAGCACGGAGUCCGUCAUGGCGCUGUCCGCCUACAUGCUCGCCACAGCCUUCGGUCCCCUGGUGUUCGGGCCUUUGUCAGAGAUCUACGGUCGGGCACCGACCCUGCACGUCUCCAACAUUUGGUUUCUGAUCUGGAACCUCGUGUGCGGUUUUGCCAACACCAAAGGCCUGUUGAUCGCUUCGAGAUUACUGGCCGGUCUCGGCGCCAGUGCGGUUUAUUCGCUUGCUGGAGGCGUCCUAGGCGACAUUUGGACACCUGAGCAGCGUGGGAAGACACUCGGUGUGUAUCUGCUCAUUCCUCUGCUCGGAUGUGCGGUGGGACCAAUUAUUGGCGGCUUCAUGGCGGGUACGUCUACAUGGCGCUGGAUCUUCUGGUCGACAUCUGCCUUUCAAGCUGUCAUGACUGUUGCGUCGUUUCUCGCUUUCCAUGAGACGUACGCGCCUGUGAUCUUGCGUCGAAAGGCGGCAAGGAUCAGACGCGAGACUGGAGAUGAGCGGUAUCGUACAGCGGAAGAGAGACUAAUAGGCAAGCGGUCCCUCACGCAAGUCCUGUCGAAGGGUCUGUCUCGACCCAUCCGGCUGCUUGCAUUCAAUCACAUCAUUCAAAUCACGGCCCUGGUCUCAGCCGUGGAAUAUGGCCUGCUGUAUAUCGUCCUCACCACCCUCUCCAUCCUCUACCAAGACCUCUACCGCGAGUCCGUCGACAUCAGCGGCCUUCACUACCUAGCACCCUGUCUCGGCGAACUAGUCGGAUCCCAAAUCGGCGGCCCACUCAUGAGCACAAUCUUCAAACGCCUCAAGCGGCGCGAGAACGGCGCAAUGCGUCCCGAAUUCCACAUCCCCAUCCUCCUCCCCGGAGCGAUCAUCGCGGCCAGUGGUUUCCUGCUCUACGGCUGGGCAGCGCACUUCCGCACCUACUGGCUUGUCGUCGAUCUGGGCGUCUUCCUCGCGGCUUUCGGAGGCCAGGUUAGUGGCAUGCCGGAGCAGGCGUAUGUCAUUGAUUCGUUUCCGGAGUACACGAGUUCGGCGACGGCGGCGUCGCAGUUUGUAAGGAGUUUGACUGCUUUUGGCUUCCCACUGUUUGCACCGACGUUUUAUGCCGCUCUGGGGUAUGGUUGGGGGAAUACCUUGCUGGGCUUCCUUGCGUUGGCGAUUUUCGUGCCUACGCCUAUCGUCAUUUGGAUGUAUGGUCCCAAGCUGCGGGCAAAUGCUCGAGGUAUAUUCUGA